AGCUGCUUUUACUAGAGAGCUAAGAGAACUUAAUGAAGAAAAAGAGAAGCUAGAAAAAUUGCGACAUUCUGAAAAAGAAUGGUUGAGAAAAGGUAUACUGGCCACACAAGAUUACAUUAAGAGGGAGUUGGAUGUUGUUGAAGUGGAGAAAGAAUCAUUUGCCGCCACAAUGAGGCAUGAACAAUUAGUUUUAUCAGAAAAAGCUCGAAAUGAACAUAGCCAAUUGAUUCGUGCUUUUGAGUUACGAAGAAUGGAUCUUGAGAUAGACAUGCAUAACAAGCAAGAGGAAAUAGAAAAAGGGCUAUAUAGAAGGGAGAGAGUGAAUGAGGAGGAGAGGGAGAAAGAACUUACUAGAAUCAGUAACUUAAGGGAAGUAGUCGAGAAGGAAAUUCAAGAAAUGAG